GCUGUAGUCAGACUGAAAAUUCAACAAUGGACCGCUGUUUCACUGUGAUGAUUCUUCUGUUUUUUGGAUUUACUCUCGGCUCCUGCUCAGAAGAACGGGAGUUUCACUACAUCAACAUACUUAAGACCUGGAAUGAGGCACGACAAUACUGCCAAGAGAAAUACACCGACCUCGCCAAGAUUGAAAGCAGAGAGGACAUAAGCAGGCUGAGCUCUCCUUUUUCCUACAGCUGGGUGUGGAUUGGUCUCAGGGACGACCCACAGUCGUGGAAAAACACAAUGGGGACUGAUGCCAACUCCUGGAGAUGGUCAACAACUGGAGAAACUGGAAAAACAGAUUACCACAAGUGGAGUCCGGGUGAACCCAACUACGGAGACGCACGAGAAAUGUGUGUAGUGAUGACCAGUACAGGAGAGUGGGCUGAUCGGACAUGUAGCCUACACCGAAACUUCAUCUGUUUCAUCAUUACAGAGACAAACGAGAAGGAAUUUGUGUACAUCUCAGUCCAGGAAACAUGGAGUUCUGGUAUGACAUACUGCAGAACAUACUACAGAGACCUCGCAAUGAUCAAGAACGAGGCAGAAAACACUGAAGCCAAAAGGGCAAAUCCAACAACUGCCGAAGUUUGGAUCGGUCUCUACAGAGUGCCUUGGAUUUGGUUCGACAAGAGCCAAACUCUCUUUCAACCAUGGCUCUCCCACUCUUUCAAUAAUAACGGUGGUAAACAGCACUGUGGAACUGAAAAUAACCUACAUCAGUGGGCUGACGAAAACUGUGAAUACAAGAAAGGCUUCAUCUGCCAUCAAGUUUUAAAGAAGACCACCGCUGUGAAGAUGACGACUGUAAAGAUAAAGUCUGUGACUAACAUCAAGUGGACCGAUCCAGCUAUAAACUCCCAGAUCCUCCAGCAGCUUGGCACUUUGCUAACCCGUCAGGGAUGGACCGACAUCAAAUUGCGAUGGAAGAGUCUGCCAAGCAAAAAUCACAAGGAGGAAUGCACAAAAUCACAUGUUUAAUGUUUUUAUCCUUCUGUCAUGCUGAACAAGGAACAAGGAAAACAUAGAGUUAAACUAAUACGAAGUCCAAGCUCUAAUGUCACUAUUGGCCAGGAUCCAAUCAAGAAGUUAAUAUCUGGUGUCUGAGAUAGGAUUGCAGAAGUUAUAAAGUAGAGGGAUAAACAACCGCAAAUAUUGACAAGAAUUUGCUAUUAAAAGCCUGUGAAAUGUAUUUGAUUGUUGCCCAGAGAAACAUGUAAAACCAAAAUCUAAACAUCCUCAAGAUGCCAAACAUUUCUUUCGCUGCCACAACAGAAAAAUGAAAUCAACAUUUACAUGGACUUUUACAGAGUUGCCAGUCCUGUUGAGAAGAAGGAAUGAACCAUUUAAAACAGGUUUGGAUUUCAACCAUUAAACAGCCUUUAGGAAAUAAAAUACAACUUCAAAGAGGAGUACAACUCCCAAAGAACUCCUUUUAAGCAAGCUACGUCCAUCUCAUCCAGUGAGACAGUAAAAAUAAGGAGAUAUAUAGCACUAAUAAAUAACUCCAGCAUGGUGCCAAGCCCCAAGUUAAGGGUUACAACUGGUUGUAAAAAAAGAAGCAAAAGGAAAGUUAGGAAUUGGUUAAGUGGGGUAUAAAUGACCAACAAUGUGCCAUUUGGUGCAUUGCUGUAUUUGGAGAAAAUGCUGGGAACACAAAAAUGGACAUGAGUUUCAUCUAGAAGGUGGGAAACAGUUCAAAGCUGCAAACGGUCUGAGUUCAAGCCUCAGGAACCCGUUACUCAUGCUGGUCACCGCUCACUGCAAAGGAAGUUAAGUCUUCAUCACUUUAAUUAUUUUGUUCAUGUAAAUAUAAAAGGUGAAAUUUAACAAAAACCAAAGGAUAUGACUCAUGUGACAACACUGAAUGAAUUUAUGGUUUUACCUAAAAUAUUUCUGCAGUCAUGGUUGCAAACGUUGGAUCUUCUUAUCCAUUUCAAGCAGAUGGACCGCAUACAAAUGACUUUCAAAAAUCAAAUAUACAAAACUGUCUCUCAAAGCAAAUGUCUAAAAAUACAAGCUGUAAACAUUUUUCACUUAGCAUUUUUUUAGUGAAACAUUGUAAAUGCAUGGAGGGAAAACGGUUAUCCCAAAACCUGAAGAAAGCAGCGCCCUCCAUCUUUCCUCAAGCCAAUCAAUAGGCACCCUCUUAAUCUUUAUCUAAAAAUAAUUCCUGACUUUUGAAGCAUUUUUAGGCCUCCAAACAGUCACACUUAUUUAGCAUAAUAAUAAAUAGAUUUUAGGAAAUCUGACAGUAGCCUCUAAAGCAGGGGUGUCCAAAGUGCAGCCUGGGGCCCAUUUGCUUUUAAUAUGUUUUGAAUCUACAAUCAUCCAUUACAAUCCUUCCAAUAGAAAGUACUCCUAGAUCAGUGCUUCUUUGUUCUUUGUGUGUCUCUGCUCUGUUCUCUCAAACCCCCAGUAGGUCGUGGCAGAAGGCCGCUCACACUGAGCCUGGUUCUACUGGAAUG